AUGCGGUUAAAGACACUGCCUUGCCUGGAGCUGCCGGCUGCGGCCGACAUGCAUGUCCACCUCCGUCAGGAUGCCAUGAUGCAGCUAGUUACACCCUCUAUACGACAGGGAGGGGUUGAUACUGUGUUUGUGAUGCCAAACCUUCAGCCACCCAUUACAACGGUCAACCAGGCACUAGAGUACAGAUCCAAGCUUCAGGAGAUCGAGCCGGAUGUCCAUUUCCUCAUGUCUCUGUACCUCCAUGACUCCAUCACCCCGGAUGUCAUCAAGGAAGCUGCUGCCGCUGGCAUCACUGGUGUCAAGGUUUACCCUCAAGGAGUGACUACCAAUUCGGCGUCUGGCGUUACCAGUCUGGAUGACUUCUACCCUGUAUUUAAGGCAAUGGAAGAACAUGAUCUCGUGCUUAACUUGCACGGUGAAGUUCCAGAUGUCGAUGUAAUGAAUGCGGAAGAAGCAUUCUUGCCGACUUUAAAGCAGCUACAUGAACGAUUCCCGAGUUUAAGGAUCGUGCUUGAGCAUUGCACCACUUCCGCUGCCGUGGAGACCGUACGCUCAUGUGGACCGACAGUUGCAGCCACCAUUACUGCCCAUCAUCUCUAUCUCACGGUCGAUGAUACAGUUGAUCCAUUGGCCUUCUGCAAACCUAUUGCCAAGACACCGGCAGACCGAGAUGCCCUAAUAAGGGCUAUAUGCAGCGGAGACUCUAAAUUCUUCCUUGGAACUGAUAGCGCUCCACACCCAAAAUCAGCCAAGGAUCAAGCGAAGCCAGCAGCUGGUGUCUUUACCCAGCCCUACGCAACACAAUAUAUUCUCCUCGCUCUAGAGGAUGCUACCGAACGUAGCAUUAUACAGGAGUCCGCCGUCACCCAGGAGCGGCUGGAAGGGUUCCUUAGCCGGUUCGGUAGACAGUUUUACAAACUACCUGAACCCGAGUCCGGGAAGAUCAUCCUCGAGAGAAAGGGAGAGACGAUUCCAAAGACUAUUAAAAAUGAUGAUUCCAGCGUUGAAGUUGCUUUGUCAAGAGCUGGCGCGGAGAUUUUCAGCUUGCGAUGGGCUUAA